AUGGGAGGAGUUACUGUAUUGUUGGCAGGCGAUUUCCAGCAGACUUUACCAGUAGUGCCCAGGGGAACGCGAGCAGACGAAGUUAAAGCAUACGUAAAGCUGUCUCAUUUGUGGCCUUCAGUGACAAAAUUGAGCCUUACCACAAAUAUGAGAGUCCAUCUUAGGGGAGAUGUUACUGCCGGACAGUUCUCAGAUCUGUGGCUCAAAAUAAGAAAUGAUGAUUUCCCGGAACUGGAUUAUAAUAUAAUUCUCCCUACAGAGUUAGGUACAAUUGUUUCCACUGUAGAAGAGCUGAUAAAUAUAAUUUACCCAAACAUUAAUAAUAAUCACGAUAAACUUGCAGAAUGGUUAUGUGAGCGUGCCAUCCUAACACCAAAAACGAACAAGUAUAUGAAAUACUUUUGA